GAAGCCCAUUCAUGGUGUGUUAUGCAAACCCCUGCUUUCUCACACACAGUAUAUAUACAAACAACUUUUCCAGCCUUUGUCUCCGUUGAAGGUUUUCUUCAUUCAAUUCUCUUUUGAAGAAUCAAAAAGGAAACAAUGAUUAAAUUAUUCAAAGUAAAAGAGAAGCAAAGAGAGGAUACUGAGAAAGGCAAUGCUAGGGGUCCUUGUAACAAGCAGACUGCUGGGGAACUGCGUCUACGCAAAGACAUUACCGAGCUGAACCUGCCCCGUUCUUGUACAAUAUCAUUUCCAGAUGGAAAGGAUAAGUUGAUGAGCUUUGAGAUUAAAAUUCAGCCUGAUGGUGGAUAUUAUGCUGGAGGAAAAUUUUUGUUCUCUUUCCAGGUUCCAUCAAUUUAUCCACAUGAACCACCAAAAGUCAAGUGCAAGACCAAGGUAUAUCAUCCUAAUAUUGAUUUGGAGGGUAAUGUAUGCCUCAACGUACUUAGAGAAGAUUGGAAACCUGUUCUCAACAUUAACACAAUUAUCUAUGGAUUAUAUCUUCUUUUCGAGGAACCAAACCAUGAGGAUCCCCUUAAUCUCGAGGCUGCUUCUGUGUUGAGAGAUAAUCCCCAGUUGUUUAAAUCAAAUGUGAAGAAGGCUAUGCUUGGUGGAACUGUGGCCAAUGUAAGCUUCACGCGGUGCCUGUAGCUGAUGCUGGCAAUAAGUGUUUCCGAUCAGAUGCUGUAUCAUAUGGUGUCUGCAAACUUGCAAUGCCAUCAUUUUUAUGGAGUAUAUAAAUUUUAGCGAAUAUUUAUUUAUAUAAAUAUCAUCAUUUAGGUAUUUGGAAAAUAUUGAUCUCCUUUAUUUUCUCUUUCUUGGGGUCUGCUUCUUGUUUGAAUGAUAAAGAAAUUAUACACAUCUUGGUCGAAACCGA